CGGGUAAGUAGGCAAGACCAAACCCGCACGUGAGAGCCCGAGAGUCGUUUCGUUGUGCUUCAUGUUGCUAGGCAACCGUUCCAAACUUCAGCUCGUGUUUACAAGGCACGGCAAGAGAAAGAAUGAACGCUGGUCGGACUGCUGAGGGUGCAGGAUGUGUUACCUGGUGGGGGUUCGGACCAGCAAGAGACCUCCUGAACUCAGACAUACACACAUUGAGGUCACGUGGAGAGUUGAAUAUUUUGCUAGUGGGCAGUGGAGAUCCCAGACACAUACUGAAGACCAUCACUGGACUGAGAGACUCUGACACGCUACAUGUUUGGGUUAUUGAGAACAACAUGGAAGUGGUUGCCAGACAGCUACUGUUGCUUUAUCUGUCACUUCUUACCCCUGAAAACAUGAGUCUACACAAGAAGACAGAAGUGUUUUUGGAAGUGUUUGGAAAUUCUGAGAUUCGCAGCAUGACGGAAGAGACUCUAAAACACGCAGCAGCUCAACUCUCUCUCUCCAUCACAAACACGCUCUCCUCUGACUCACAUACACAUCCAUGUCUUGACACAAGCCUUCUGAAGUUUAAGGAGAGAGAUGAGCUGGUCCGGAUCUUUAAACUGUGGGAACACCCCCCAUCUGUGCCAGCAAGCAUGCAAAAGGUCUGGGACUCCCGUGUUCGGCAGCAAUUGGGGACUCGUUACGACUCAAGACAAGGGUGUUUUGACUGGGAUCUCACCAUGAAAUUGCAUCAGAAAGGCUGUGGCGUCAUCAACAAAUAUCAGUAUGUGAAAUGGAGGGAAAGUGGUGUUGCCUUUGAAAUGAGGGAAGGGAUUUACCAAUCAGCCAAUCAGAGUUUGCUGUCCACACGAGUAUUCAAUCAUAGAGGUGACAGGGUUGCAGUUAGAGGAUAUUGGGGUGACAUUGUCUCCAGUCCAUACCUCUCCUUUGGCAUAGAGACGGAAAACAAAGACCUGCUAAAGAAACAGAAUAAUCAACAUAUAAAGUCUGCUCAGGAUAUUUCUGAAGUGAACAUCCAGGCUUUGUUUGAAAAUAUUGCAACUAGAGUGAGCUCUCCUCUGAGUGAUAAUGCACCUGAUCCAUACGCAGACAGUCCCAUAACAGCAGAGAAGAAUACAACUACUCAACCUGCAUCUCAGUCUCACACAGAAUCCGAGCAACAGCCAACUGCACAACAGACAACACAGAAUUUGAUGAAUGUGAAUGGAGUGAGAGUGUCGUUUCUGUCUCCAGAUUCUCUCAUCAAACUCCCUCUCAAAAGCAAAUAUAAGAACUUGUUCAACACAAUCUACUGUUCAGCGAGUAUGGUUCAUCUGCUGGAUUCCUCUCUAAGAGCGAUUGCAUCACCUGAUGCUGCUCUUGUAAUAGAGCUGGCAAAUUACCUGUUAGACCUUUCCAAAGAGCAAGUGGCAGGUUUUGCUGAAAGAGUGAAAGAGAUUGCUGAAGAAUCAGGAUUCACACCAGCACAAAACCAGAGCAGUGAUGUAUAUGCAGUAUUCACAUUGAAAAAGAACUGACCGUAUACAGUCGUCUCAUUUUAACACAUACACUACAAAUGUACUAUGAACUAUAUCAGCUAUUUGCAUUUUACAAAUAUAUUUUUUAGAAAGAUUACAACAGAUUUAUGCACCAAUUUACUGUAUAAUAACACUUAAUAACUCAUUGUAUCAUUAACAAAUAUCUUUGUCAUAUGGAUCUGAAAAUAUAUUAAAGGAUUAGUUCAAAUUCAGUCAUUGUUUACUUAACACGAGAGAGAAAUUGUGAAAAGAUGUUGUGCUCAGUGAUGUCAUACAAUAGCAGUGUAUGCUGACCACCUCUUAAAGCUUGCGAUUUUUUUUAAGCUUGAAUAGGUGGUCACAAUAAACUGCCAUUAUAUGACAUCACUGAGCACAACAUUUUUCACAAUUUCUCUCUUUUGUGUUCAGAAAAAGAAAGAAAGUCAUAAAGGGUUAUAACAACACAGGGGUGAGUAAACAAUGACUGCAUUUUCAUUAUAGGGGGAACUAUCCCUUUUAAUCAAGGUUUAUAUAAUAUACUGCACAUUCAAAUAUUAGUAAUGCAAAACAGACUUGUCAAUAAAUGAAAAAUAAAGGGGAACAAAACUAAAAAAUGAGAAUGGAGCCAAGUCAAAUGAUAAAAAAAUACUCUGAACUCAUGAACAAUGAUUCAGUUUGAUCAUGUUUGGUUCCCACUUCAAUCAAAUUGAAACAAUGCAGAUCAAACAUUAUGCCCAUUAUAAUAACACCACAAACACAUGCAUGCUUGAACAUUGUUUAAUUUAAAAAAAGUGACCUUUUGUCUUCCUUUUCAUUCACAUAGAAAAUGUAAAGGAAGGACAGAUUGCCAGAGUACAAGAGAAAGUGUACAGCUCAGCUGUGCAAAGGAAUAUAUCUAAAACCAAUUAUGAGAAAAAGGCAAGCAGAUACAGAAUACAGUACUGGCCCAGAUAAAGAGAAAUCGCUGAAUGAAUAAACAUUCAUAAGACAGAUGAGGUAAAACAUUGUCUUUCCAGACUAAUAUCAGCACUACACAAACUCUUGCAUUGCUACUGUUUUCAGUUAAGUUAAUUAUUAGAAUAGUGACAAUAAUAACAAUAACAAUACAAAUCAUAAGUGAGGUUUGAACUCAAGUCAGAUAUAUAGUGCCAGAUGUAUAAGCAAUGUGAGGCAGUACAGAAAAAGUUAACAGAUUGUUUUGAAAUAUAUAUUAAUAUUUCCACAAUUACCGUAUAUAUAGGAGAUGUGGAACCGAAAAGUCAUGCACUCGAAAGGCAACUUUAUAUUGUAACAACAGCUUGAUAAUGAGAGUGUAACUGAGACCACAGAUACAUUAUAAUAGUGCCCACGGUACAGCUGCCACAGGAAUGCAAAGUGGCUAAAUGGGAACUAAAGUCAAACAGCCCUUCCCUAGAUGUUAACAUCGUUCAUUCAUUUCAAAGACAUUAUAAUGGCAACACUGUAUGCAUUGGGGUAACAGGGCUUACAGCAAGAACGGAUGCAUAUGAAAUGCUUUUUAAAUGUAGAUUGUAGCUUGAUUGUAGUGAGUUUAAGAUGUAUAUAACGGACUGUGUGAUUUUCCAUUAAAAUCCCAUUCCUUUACUUCUGAAAACACAGUAACCACCUACAUGUCCUUCUCAAAGUAAUAAAGCUUGAGGUACAAGGUCCCCACACUGUUUAUAGUCAUACAUUUAUCAUAUGCCCUAUUUCACAUGGAAACUUUCUACGUCUUUAUCAGAUUAAAAUCAAUUUCAAGUUUUUUUUUUUGUCAUUAUAGAAAAAUCACAAAAUGCCCUACAUAUUAGUUUGUAUUUUUUAAACAACCUAAUUACAAUGGAUUACAUAUUGUAUUAAUCAAGAAAACAUUUUG